AUGGAGACUCUUUUGAAACUUAGCCUCUUCUUUGCACUUCUAACAAUCGGUGCUUCACUGGAGUGUGAAUUUUGUAGCAGCAAUGAAACCACUUGCACAGGCCAGAAGAAGAAGUGUGAAGAGAAUGAAGAGACCUGCAUCAUCAUCCUUACCGAAAGUACAGUAGAUGGACCAUCUGUUACAAAAAUAGAGAAAAGGUGUGAAACCAUGUUUCAGUGCUCCUUACCUCCAAUUUACUUCACUUUGGGGAAUGGAAGACGGUUCCGCCAGAGUUGGGCCUGCUGCAUUGACAACUGCGCUAAUGCUAUGCCUGUCCUGAUACCCAUACAGACAAGAGUGAAUGGAAUAACGUGCCCUGCCUGCCACGAGUGGAAGGAGACAUGUCAGACACAGAUGGCAAAUUGUACUGGAAUGGAAACAAGCUGCUUCAAGAUAUCCUCGCACAUCGAUUCCAAUGGAACACACAUCGACAGGACCAUGAUGGGCUGCACUACAAAGUACACCUGUGCCGCAAUUGAAAGUGAAACCACAAAUUUCCGGCCCAAUUCUGCUGAAGCCGUUCAGGCAGCUGAAUGUAUACCAGACACUUCCAGGGGAUCUCGAUCCUCUGGGCUCCUCCUGCCAACCUUUUCUGGGCUCCUGCUGCUGAAGAUCCUCUUGUAAAAGGGACCUGCCACGAAGGACUGCAUAAUCUCUGCAUUCAUUUAUGCCUGUCUUAUAUCCACCCACCA